UAACAGCUCACUCAUUACAAGUGCCAGCAGCUGGACCUGCGCUCUCCCUGCGACCAGAGUCAGUCUGGCAGCGCUCCCUGCACGCGUUCCAUCCCGCUUCUAACGGAAUAUACCUUUUUUCUCAACGGAUAAGAACAAGUUUUGAUCCAAUAAUGCCAGCCGAUACCAUGGAGAAACAGACAGCUUCUCCGAUUGCUGGGGCUCCAGCAAGCGGAUCACAUACACCAGACAAACCAAAGAAUGCCAGCGAGCAUAGAAAGUCUUCAAAACCAAUCAUGGAGAAACGGCGCAGAGCUAGAAUCAACGAAAGCCUUGGCCAGCUCAAGACCCUUAUCCUUGAUGCCCUUAAAAAAGAUAGCUCCAGACACUCAAAACUUGAGAAAGCUGAUAUUCUUGAGAUGACAGUGAAGCACCUGAGAAACUUGCAGCGUGUUCAGAUGACUGCAAUGUCAGCAGACACAGCCAUCCUAAGCAAGUACCGUGCAGGAUUCAGCGAGUGCAUGAACGAGGUGACCCGCUUUCUGUCCUCGUGUGAAAGCGUGAACACGGAGGUGCGCGCACGGCUUCUGAACCAUCUCUCCGGCUGUUUGGGGCAGAUGAUGCCAAUGAACUACCCUCAGCAGGCCCCGGGCCAGCACGCGCACCUGGCACAGCCUCUCAACGUGCAGCUUCCUUCAUCAGCAGCUGUGAACUCCAAGCUCAGCCCUCCAGACGCGAUGCCGCCCAAAGUGUUCGGUGGAUUUCAGCUCGUACCCGCUACAGACGGACAGUUCGCGUUUCUCAUCCCAAACCCUGCCUUCACCAACGCGAGCACCCAGGUCAUCCCGCUGUUCUCGAACGCUGGAGUUCCAGUAGCGGUCAGCUCGAGCCCGGUGCAUGUCAGUUCUGCUCCGCAGGCGCCUUCCCCGGUGCAGGGCAUGACCUCGUUUGCGGGAGUUGCUGCCAGUCCUGUUAGCGUCAGUGCAGGAAUUGAGAGCAAUGAGCCCGUGUGGAGGCCCUGGUAGAGCUGCUGCCACAGGCCACAUGAGAAGUUUAAAAAAGUUUCAACUGAUUAACCGAUAACCGACAAAGAAUUCUUAUUCUAUUAAGGUUGUCAUUUAAUAAUAUCUUUUAAAUGUAUUUCCAACAGCUGACUUUAAGCUCUUUAACAAAAGCAUGCAGAGUGAAGCGUAAGAGCCCUUACCCACUCUUAGGGUGCAUGCGCCAGUUCUGUUUACAUUUAUACAAUUAUAGACCUUGAACAGAAAAAAUUAAACACUUAUAUGAUUUAAAUUCUAGCUAUUGAGUAAUAAUAGUCGGUUAUCGGUUAAGAGAAAUUGUGAACAUUUGUAGCCAUAUACUGCAUUGAUUUGAGUCAUCUACACCUUUUCCAUGCAGUUGAUGGUACUUACAAUACCUUCCCAUGCGCCUGGCUGCUGCCUUAUGAACACUUUAUUAUGCCUUAUGAAGAUUCAAACAUUGUUCCGUUUUAUGGGACUGUAUAUGUUUUAUUUUAAAAGCAGUUCAUGUUGAAGUAUUGUUUCCAAUAUUUGGAUUUGUUGAUAAGCUGUUUAUUAGAAAGACAUCCAGAAGUACUUUUUUAUUAAAUGAUUUAGUUUUGUACAGAGUUUGUAAAAG